UCAGGUCCCCCCUCCCCUCCUCGCAUACGUGUUCCGUGUCCCGAGCUCCUUCCCGACCCAACAUGGCAUAGCAGCUCAGUAGCUGCGCCCAAUCAGGACGCAGUAGCCACCACGCUCGCCGGUCAAAUCCCUCGCGGCCUCGCCGGAACGACGCGCUUCGGUUUUUCUUUAAAAGGGCAGCCCUCUUGGUGUCGCCCACCACAACUGAACUCACCCCGGCCACGCCCACUCGCCUCGUCUGCAACCAACUCGCACGCCACGCCACGGAAAAAUCUAGCUCCUUCCUCGUCGAGCGACGCAUUCUAGGCAGCUACUAGCCUACUAAGCGCGGUGCGCCUGGCGAGGUCGAUGGAGAGCGCCGACGGCAGCAAUGGAGGCAGCGGCGGGCUGGUGGUGACGGAGCUGAGCCACAUCAAGGAGCUGGUGCGGCAGCUGGAUGUGCACCUCGGCCGCUCGCACGACCUCUGCAGGCACCUCACCACGCAGAUCUUCUCCAUCACCGAGCGCUCCAUCAGCAUCAUCACCGCCUCCUCCGGUCUCGACGCCGGCGCCCGGAAGCGGUGCGCCGCGGGGGAUGCCGGGCUCGCCUCGCCCUUCACGGCGACGCCCACCAGCGACGUCGCCGACGGGCCUUUCAAGAGCACCAAGAAGAGGAAGGUGAUGGAGAAGAGGAAGCAUCAGGUGAGGGUGAGCUCGCCCCGCGGAGGCGCCGGCGAGAACCCGGUGGACGACGGGCACAGCUGGAGGAAGUACGGCCAGAAGGAGAUCCUUGGAACCAAGCACCCAAGGGGCUACUACCGCUGCACGCACCGCCACUCCCAGGGAUGCUUGGCUACGAAGCAGGUGCAGCGCACCGACGAGGACCCGACGCUCUUCGACGUCAUCUACCACGGCGACCACACCUGCGUUCAGAGGCCGCCGGCGGCGGCACCGGCAGCGGCAGGCCAGCCGGAGCACAACCCGGACGCGAACAGCUUCCUGAGCCUGACUGCGGGCCUCACGGUGAAGACCGAGGGGCUGCCGGCCCUGGCCGCGGACCGGGAGGGCUGGAGCGCCACCGCGCCGUUCUACUUCUCCUCCACGACGCCGGCGAGCGUGUGCCCGGCGACGGCCGAGCGCAGCCCGUUCUCCGCGCCGUCGACGUCGGAGAACUGGGGCGUGUCCCCGGCGACCUCGGACUCGAACCACGUCGCCUCCUAUCUGCCGUUCGAGGACGCCGAGUGGCGCGGGCAGAACGAGCUCCAGGAGGUGGUGUCCGCGCUCGUGGCCGCCGGCGCGCCGCCGGCGCCCGCCGUGGACGGCCUCGACGAGCUCCUCGACAUAGACAUCGCGAGCUUCUUCGCGUGAUCCGCGCGCGCAGAGAAUCGUAGCUUAUGAAGAAUAGGGAGGGAAUCGAAGCAGCUGAUGUGAUGUGACCGCCCCUCUGGGCUCUGGGUGUUCGUCCAGGAACAGAGGAGGGAAGAGCACGAGAGCUCUUCUUCCUGGGUCCAUGCCAACACAAACCGUAGGAGAUGAGAGCAGUGGUUGCAUUUUUUUCCCACUUUUUUGUUAGUCUUUUUCUUCAUCCUUUUCUGAGAGUGCUGUGUUGCAUUGUAUUAUUGAUUUUUUGUGUCAAGGAAAAAAUAAAGAUCCUUCGAUGUUUCGAACCAUCA